AUGUCGGCUUCCCCCUCGAAAGACCUGGAGGGUGAAGUUGGAGUGCAGUCGCCUGACGAACAGGAGCACAUGGAUCAGCCGGAAGCUUCUCAACAACAGCCUGCGUUUGAUUUUGAGGUCAAAGAACAGGACAGAUGGCUGCCAAUUGCAAACGGUGAGUCUAGUCCCUCACCUAUCUACCUUUGCCUACACCUCCCGCUUUGCAUUUAUGCUGGCGGGAGGGGGAAAAAAAACCCCUUCCACACACACAGAAUCAUUCCCACGCAAUUUGGCUCAUUCAAGCACACCCACACUUCACAUACCCCCCCUCCUUCCCCGCCCCCGCAAUCCGUACCUUAACUAGGCACCCCUCAUUUCCGAUUCCACCUCUCCAUUUGCUGCUUUAUUCCCUACCCAUGGCACAAUUGGACUCGUGUCGGGAUGCAGGCAUGGAAGAGGAUCGCUUGCCCAGUUGCAUUUGCGCCCCUACCCAAAAUCACACGAACCCGUCCAGAUGCGCGAGCCCGGUACCAAUCUCUGCACUCGCCGAUGCUGAUAUUCGAAAUUUUGCUCUAGUCGCUCGAAUUAUGAAAACCGCGUUACCGGAAAACGCCAAAAUCGCAAAGGAGGCAAAAGAAUGUAUGCAAGAAUGCGUCAGCGAGUUCAUUUCGUUCAUCACCAGCGAAGGUGAGACUUUUUCCAGUUGCUAGGAAAUUUAUUCAUUUAUUUAUUAUUCCUUGUUUCCCCCACUUCAUCCUAUAUAAAGUGGUUCUAUUGGAACACUUCGCGAAAUGGUCUUCCCUGCACGUACAUCUUAAGAUCGAAGACGUUUUUGAACUGACGAAUCGGUUGAUUUCCGCGCCACGUGUGUUGCAGCAUCGGAAAAGUGCCAACAGGAGAAAAGGAAGACGGUAAACGGGGAAGAUAUACUCUUCGCCAUGACAUCACUCGGAUUCGAAAACUAUGCAGAGGCUUUGAAGAUUUAUCUAGCCAAAUAUCGCGAAGUAAGUUGACCCGGCUCCCAGAUGCCCCAUUUGUUUUUUGUUUGAUCCUUUCCUUUAUUUUUUCUUUGUCAUCUCUCCCCCUCCAAUUAUUACUAUUUUUUGGCGAAAACAAAAGGUUGAACAUGGCAAUUGAUUGGCAUGGGAAGUCGCAAUCUCAGAGGAACCAAUCAGAGGGGGCGCGGGGUGGGGGCGGCGGGUACGGAGGUGGCGGGAAUGCACCACCACCACCAGGCUACCGGAGACCCGAGGGCCCAAAUGCGGCGACCCCCCCAAUAGAAGGGGAAGAACACCAGGCUGGGUAUAACGACGUUUAUGGUCACGUCGCCGGGAACGGGGAUGGGCCAUACUAG